CAAAUAACCAGCGACAGCGACACUAACGCAUUCUAACGUUCCCCAUCAGUUGUUUUGUACAAUAAUGUCUGCAAUAUUAUUAUCAAAUGGAUUCAUAAUGAAAAUAAUUAUAAAAUAAAUUUACAUCUGAUCUACUCAAAGCCUAUCAAGGUUUGUUUUUGAGGUUAUUAUUAUCAUAAACAUUGAUAAAGUGACUUGGUAGAGUGAUAAAAACAACAAUAAUAUUAGGAGCUUAUCACAAUGAGAUACCGGGGGCCAGUAUGGACGAAAACAGAAACCGAAGCAUUGCUGAGUUCAAUUAUAAAAAACAAUUUGCUCGAAAAGUCCGCCACAAGUGGGCAGCUGAGUCACUCGCUGGUGAAACCGUUGCAGAGCAAAGGAUUCGAGCGCACCGCGAUGCAAAUAAGAUUAAAAUUGCGCGCGUUGCGUAUGAGCUACCAGAAAUGCAAGAAAAAAGGCUGCACGCCAAAUGCCAUGAAAGAAUGUCCCUACUAUUCGCUGCUGAACAAAAUAUACGCGGACCAGGAAGAGCUGAUGGUCAAGCAGGAGCCAGCUAAUGAAUCGCCGGAGGAGCCUUUGAACAUAAGUGAUAUUACUAAUAAUACAAACAUUUGGAUUGACCAGGAAGUGCAGACAAUGCUGACAAUAAUUGACGACAUGUGUUUAGCCAACGACUUAUCCCUGAACGGCUUCACCAACUCGGCACUGAAGCUGAUCAGCAACGCGCUACAAAUAUCGGGAAUAAACAGAUCUGUCAACCAGGUCAGGAUAGCGCUGACGAGUCUCAAGGUCGCUUAUGUCAGAAGUCGAGAGUCUCUGGAAAAAGGGAUCGAGACUCUGACUUGCCCUUACUACGAUUAUCUGGACAAGAUCUGGGGCGGUGAGAAGAUUAGUCGUGACAGCGCGACGAAAAAAUGCCAAGUCGAGAGGCUGCCUUCCAUCGACGACGUCAUCCAGAGCAAAGACAUCCACGGUCGUCAUCACCAUGCCCACGGCAAUGAGAUUGAUCUCAAAAACGGAUUGGAGCACGAGGUCAAUAGUUUCACCCUUGAUGAUAAUAAUUUUACUUUAGACGGUAACAAUUAUGGUCUGAAUGACGAUAAUAAUUAUACGCUGGAUCACAGCAAUUAUAAUGUUGAUAAUAAUUAUUUGUUGAAUGAAAAUUACACUGUUGAGAGUAUUGAAAGUAUUGACGAUGAGGACGAGGAAGAAUCUGAUGGUGAUCCCGCUGUCGUUGUUGAUUUGUCCGGUGAUACUGAUGAUAAUAAUGUUAAUAAUAAUGUUAAUAAUAAUGACAAUCCAAUACAAGUAAAUGGUGAUGAUAAAUUAAGCAAAUGCAACGGUCAAGUUCAAGAGACAAUCGAUGAUACGAAUGAACAAGCUGUUGAAAAUAUAAAUAAUGAUAUUGACACUGACGCUAAUGCUAAUGUUAAUACUAGUAAUAAUAAUAAUAAUAAUAAUAGUAAUAGUAAUAAUAAUAAUGUACAGACACCAGGAACUUUAAAGAGAAUAGUCUUGUGGACGCAUGAGGAAAUAAUGGUGAUGCUGAAAACUAUUGAGGAAUUGGGACUGAUGACAACCAGAAAAUUAACUAUUACUAAUGCAAACAAACUUAUUGGUCCAUUAGCUGAGCACGGGUACACCAGAACUAGCUCCCAGAUCGUAAGCAAAAUAAAAAACAUGCGUUCUAGUUAUCUGAGAUGUAUUGGCCAGGGCUGCACAUCGGACGCUCUCAAGGAGUGCCCGUACUUUGAAGCUCUCGAUAAGAUCUAUAAGCAGUUCAAUAAAUCUCCAGGAGUUGUGCUGGACUCGGGAGAAACGAGUCCGAAAAAAAAUCUACAUGAUGAUACCAAUGGAUUUAUUACUGAUAAAGAGUCUGAGUCAUGUGACCACAGCUACAAUUCUGUCACUAUUGAUAAUGACAAUGACGCUGAUAGAAAAUUAAAGAAACCUGACCAGGAUGUCCUUUGGUCGCCGGUUGAAUCCAUCGUUGAAAAUGACGUCAAUAUGAGAAUAGAAGAUCAAUUUGUACAAACAAAUAUUGAACAAAAUGGAGUGGGGAUGGAGCAAGAUGAGCACGAACCUCGAGAGCAACAAAAUUAUUUAGAUGAAGGUAUAAUGGAACAUGAGAACAUUGAAAUAAUUGAUAACUGUGAAUUAAAUUCAUCAAUAUUAAAUGGGAUUGAUCCGGAAGUAUCACUGGUGCAAUUUGUUAAUAAAAUAGACGGUGGAGUGACAAAUGACGACGAGCCGAUUGUCACCGCGAAUAUCAAGACAGAAAAAGUACAAUCUGACGAUGAGGUUGAUCACUCAGCGACAACAGAUAUCACGAUGUCACUGAACUCCGAUAAAAUGAUAAACCCGGACAUCAUAAUGGAGCACGACUCCUCCGCCAAUGAGAGCGUAAUCACCAGAGACAGAAGAUCAGCAGCUACUAUGAACGGUAACCUGAAAAACACUCACGACAGUUUCAUUGAGUUGAAACCUGUCCAGCAGUCGAGCAUCAAGACCGAAGUUCUCGUCACCAACGAAACCUCUUCCUCGCGAGGACACUCGCAGACCUGCUCCGGAAACUCACUGAGCUCCGAGCUUAUGGAGUCUGUCGUCCAGCAGAUAUUGAAACACGAGGAGCAGCUACAGGAGCAGCACCACAGGUGGAUGGAGCGACAAUUCGAGAUCCAAAGACAGCACGACCGUAGCCAGCGCGAAUUGCUGCUAAACGAGCUACGGGAAUUCCGCAAAACACUAGGACACUCAAGUUCAAAUAAUAAUUUUUUAUCUGAUCAUUAAUACAUAUUUAACGUAUAUAUUAUUUUUAUAUAUAUAUAAAUUGAUUAAAUUUAUUUGUUAGGUUUUUAAUCAGUAUCUCCUGCAUUAUAUUUACAUAAAAUACGUCUAGUAUAAUUUUAAUGAAUUAAUUAAAUAAAUAAACAAACAAAUAAAUAAUUAAUUAAGUUCUAAUAUUACAAGUAAUUAAAUUACAAUAAAUA